ACCUCUUGGGUUGGUGUCUUUUUGUCCGUUUGAUUCUUGGUCUGAUGCUAUGAGAAGCAUUCUUGCAGAAUUGGGAAAAUGAGGAUCCAAGAAAAGGUAUUUUUCAAAAGAAGCUAUCAUUUUUUUGUAGUGCUCUGGAUUUUGGUUGUGGUAAUGAGUGUGGACUGCAAGUUGGAGGAACAAGAAGAGCCUCUGUUGGCUUAUCUGAUAGACUCUGGAGAGAUUAGUCGUGAGACGGCUGGAUUAUUACAGACUAAAUGCAUGCAGGAGUUUUUACUUGCCAAGAGAACCUUAAAUUACUUCAAUCCAAAUGCUCAGUCGUCCACAACAAGCAUGCAUGAAGCUCUCAGCAUUUUGUGCCCUCAGGUUAAGAAAGUCCUUCUAGAUUGCUUACGUGAAAACACUCUCGUGAGUGUUCAGAAGGAUUCAGAUUCUUGGUACAACAAAUACUCAGGGUGGUUUAUUUUCCCGAGUCACUUCUCAUCCACACGGCGCGAGUUAGUUCAGAAAGAAGAAGAAUCUUCCCCAUUUCCAACUCUUGCUCUCGUUCUUGUUAUAGCGGCUUUCGCUCUCGCUAUUGGGGCAUUGCUCUUUUUCUUCUGCAGUAAAAAUACCUCCGGUCAGGGCAUAAAUGACGAGAACCCUCUUCUCAGAUCAAGCUUAAGCGACCAUUCCAUAGCAUCUACACAGAAGAUGCCCAGUCUAGGUGCUCUGAUGAGCGAAGAGAAGUACGGAGUUAAUAAUCAGUCUUUCAACAGCAGGCUUAGUAGCCUCAACAGAAGCAGCAGCCGAAGCCCGCUCAUGGACAACCUUCAUUCUCCAACCAACUCAAAACUCGAGAUCCCUCUCGGGCCCACAAACGGACCCCCACUCCCCCCUCCACCUGGCAACCCCCUCCGGCCCAAAAGCGGGCCCAUCCCUCCCCCACCUCUGCUUCCCUGCCGCCCUCCGCCGCCACCUCCACCACCUAAGGCCGGCCCACGCCCACCCCCACCGCCACCUGUACUCGCCGGAGGCCGCCACUCUCUGCCGCCACCGCCGCCAAGGGNAGUAAGAUUAAAUGAGGUGGAGAAAAAGACACCAUCCCAAGAUGCGUCGACUCAGUUUCUUCACAUAAUUGAUGCUAGGAAAUCGCAGAAUCUAUCCAUUUUGCUCAAAGCGUUGAACGUGACUUCUGAGGAAGUUUUUGAUGCGCUUAAAGAAGGUAAUGAACUUCCUCCAGAGCUAAUUCAGACUUUGCUAAAGAUGGCCCCAACUGCUGAAGAAGAACUAAAGCUGAGACUCUUUGACGGCGAUCUUUCUAGAUUGGUUCCGGCAGAGCGUUUUCUGAAAGUUAUGGUCGAGCUUCCAUUUGCUUUUAAGAGGCUAGAAUGCCUGCUAUUUAUGUGCACUCUCGAGAACGAGGCAGCAACUUUAAAGGAGUCCUUUGCAAUCUUGGAAGCUGCAUGCACGGAGGUCCGGAAGAGCAGACUUUUCCUGAAGCUCCUCGAGGCCGUCCUCAAAACCGGCAACCGCAUGAACGACGGAACCUUCCGCGGGCGGGCCCAAGCAUUCAAGCUCGACACACUUCUCAAGCUCUCGGACGUGAGGGGCAUAGAUGGAAAAACCACACUCCUCCACUUUGUCGUCCAAGAGAUUAUCCGCUCAGAAGGCGUCAGGGCAGCCCGUGCAGCCCGCGAGAUGCGCAGCAUGUCGAGCUUCAAGUCAGAGGACCUAAAUGACGAUAUUAACCCUCUACAGGACUCAGAUGAUUACCUCAGGAGUGUGGGCCUUCAGAUUGUGUCUUCCCUGGGUAAUGAGCUACAGAAUGUGAAGCGGGCCGCUGUUCUGGACUUAGAUGGGCUUACGUGCAGUGUGGCCAAGAUGGGCCGGGCCCUUGUGAAUGUGGGAAACUUUUUGAGUAGUGAUGUGAAGGAGGGUGAUGAGGAUGAUGAUGGGUUUUGUGAGUCGUUGAGGUGUUUUGUGCAGGAUGCGGAGGGGGAAGUGAAGUGGUUGGUGGAUGAGGAGAAGAGGGUAAUGGGUUUGAUGAAGAGUACGGCGGAUUAUUUUCACGGGAAUGCGGCUGGGAAGGAGGAAGGGCUUAGGCUGUUUGUGAUAGUGCGUGAUUUUCUCGUCAUUUUGGAUAAGGUUUGUAAGGAGGUCAAGAUUGUGAGUAAGGUUGGGAAGGAGCAGUCGCCAAAGGCAGUGCCCAACCAGAAGUAG